GAACACGAACAACAGUGCCCGCAGUCUCUCGGUUUUGGUGUUAUUUUUUGUGGCUCUGCAUCUGUAUCUGUAUCUGUAACUGUAUCUGUAUCUCGAUCGGCUCCAACCCGCUGCAUCCGUAACUCUCUCCUUCCCCUCCCAGUGUGUUUUUGUGAGCGAGAGUGCUAAGCUUUUUGCUCGCACGUCUAACGUUUGCCAAAGUGUGCGUAUCGCUGCCUUAACUUGAACUAUGGGUCGCAUGUUCGUGUGCGUCUAAUAAAUAUAUUUAAAAAUAAGCAUUUCGACAUACCGUCGUGGAAAAUAUGUGACACACACCACAACGAAAUAUACCAGAUCCCAACAAGCACGUCCCAUUCAGUCGCGCGUUAAUAUUAAAAAGCCAUCCGAGUGCCAAAAGCAACGAAGCGAGCAAUAAUUGUGAUUAAUAACAACGAAACAAACGAAUUUCGACCGCAAAUUAGCCGCAUAAGGCCAUUCAAAUAGCAAUAGUCCAGCCAGGUGCACUCACUCACGGCACCCAAACGGUGAUUACCUCAUCUGUGUCAGCGCUCCGCCAGCAAAAUGGUAUCAAAGAGCAAUAAAAAGAAACAAGUGUCUCAGCAGCAGCAGUCGUCGACGUCGCCGCCGCCGCCAGCCACAUCGACCACAACAUCAACGUCGUCGGCCGAGGCCACGAAGCUUACCAAAAAACUGGGUCCCGAUGCGUUCGCCACUCUGACCACCAGCAACAGCUCCAGCUCCAUGCAGCACGAAUCGGUGACGUACGGUGGUGAUCCUGUCGGGCCGAGCACUUCGGGUGCUUCUCUGCCAGCGGCUGGAGUGAGGAGCUACAGCAGCCGCAGCCAGAGCAAGAGCAAGGCAUCCCAAUCGCAUUCCUCCUACACAGAGCAAUCUCAGUCCCAGCUGCAGUCCGAGCAGUACAGCAGCAAGAUCUCGCGGGAUUAUGCCAAUCAGAAGAUCAUCUCAUCGAUUGAUCUGCUCGAAAGUGAAAAGAAGGAGCCAGUAUUCUCGGUGCCCAUCGAUGUGGUGGAGAUCACAACGCCCACGCUAUCCGUCUCCGCCAGCGGGGGCAGUGUCUCGAAAAUGUUCACGUCCUCGUCGAUGUCUUCCAGCCAGCAGCAGCAGCAGGCCAGUAGCUCCAGCUCGUACUUUGAAGCCACAACCAGUUCCAGUCGGUGCGCCAACGAAACGCUGAUUGCCAGCGAGAGAGCCGACACGGCUACCGGUAUGACAUCAUCGGGGCCGAGGAAACAGGUUGGCUUCGAUACAAACACCAAGACAGUGACAAACGCCACCACCAGCAACAGCAGCAAUAUCAACAGCAGCACAAGCACAAACAUCAACAUCAACACCAGCGGCAGCCGCAGCAGCAAUGUGAGCGAAUCUCAGAGCGUGCCAAAGCUGCCAAUGAGCGGAACAGCUGAUGCUCCCGCAUCGGUGACGUCGCAAGGCUACCCAGAACCGGUUGCCGUGUCGUCUGGCGCGACCACAACAAAGGCGACGUCAUCGACGCGACGCAACGAUAAACUGGACGUGGCCAGUGCUAGCACAGCUGUUGAUAGAGCUACGUCAUCGUCGUCGAUGGUCGACCAGAGGUCCACCAAGGAGGUUAGCGAGAGUUCAGUCUUGAAAAGCUCCACCAGCAGCAAGCAGUCGAAGUCGUCGUCCAAGAAGGAGGUGUACGAUGUGAAGACCAAAACCUGGACGGAGUACAGCGAUGGCAGUUCUCAAGGACCGAGUAAGACCCGGCCGACCUUUGAGCGGUAUGUCAGCAAGGAAUCCGAUGGCACCUCCAAAGUAACGUACAAGAAGAAGAUAUACGACAGACGCAACAAUCGGUGGCGCGUGGUGGACGAACGGACGGUGGACAGCACCGCCGACACGGGCUAUCCCGAAAUAGUCGAUGAUGUCAUUAACACAACCAGAACCACAUACACCACCAAGGUGUACGACACGAAGCUCGGCAAGUGGACUGUUGUGGACGAGAAGUCGUUCACUGAUACGAAAGCUUUUGUGCCCAAUGACAUUGCUCGUGAAAUCGAGAAAGAUAAUACCGAUGUUGCAAACAUAACGACUACAACGGAGGUGACGAAGAUUUUCGAUGCGAGCAUCAACGACUGGCGCGUUCUGGACGAGAAGGUGCACACGGAUGUAAUUGAGAAGAUCGUAGAGGCUCCCAAGAAGACCAUUUACGUGGACGAGUUUGUGGAGAUUGAGAAGAACACCUCGAUAUCGGAGAACAACGAAAACAUAACCCUGAACUUGAAGGAGACAUCGAAACACCAAAAUAUUACGGAAAAUAUUUAUGAUGAAAUCGAUUAUGUGCGCACUGAUAAGCAACGACUAAACGACUCAAGAACCCGAGGAGUUGCAAAAAACAAGUCAACAACACAUAGUGAAAGAUGCAUUUGUGAAAUCUGCACAUGCGGGCGGCACCAUUGCUCAAGCAGUACAACGAAGUCUACAGAAAAUACGGUUAUUCAAACCGAAGUUUCCACAGAUAACGUUGACGAAGCAUAUACAAGGAUACGUACAAAUACAUGGUCGAAAGAAGAUAACAUUCCCAAGCAAAACGAAGACAUUCUAGUGGACUAUAUAGUCAUUAAGAAACCAGAAGACAACUUAAGACCUGAGGGAGACUUUAUAGUUCCUCCAAAGGAGCCAUACAAGCCGGGGGAAAAACGUGAAAAGAUUGUGCAUACCGACAACCUCCGUACAGAAGGAGAAAUGACUUUUGUAGAGAAGGAGGAAUACCAAUAUACAGUUCGACCGGGAUACGUUAAGCCUACGGACAAUCUAAAGCCCGAAGGCGAGUUUUACAGUCCGGAAAAACCUAAGUAUCAACCAGGAGAUCGGCCAUCUCAAGUGCGACACCAAGACAAUCUAAAACCAGAAGGCGAAUUUUACACGCCUGAGAAACCAGGAUACGCUCCAGCCGAUCGUCCCACACAAAAAAGGCCGGUUGAUAACCUUAAGCCGGAGGGAGAAUUUGUCUCACCAGAAAAACCCAAAUACAACCCUGCCGAAAGACCUGAAAAAAUAAUAAGAAGUGAUAACUUGAGAACUGAAGGGGAAAUGACAUUUGUGGAGAAAGAGGAAUAUCAAUAUGUUACACGACCGGGACAAGUCAAGCCAACGGAUAACUUAAGACCAGAGGGUUCAUUUUAUAGUCCUGAAAAGGCAAAGUAUUGCCCUGGCGAACGUCCAUCUCAAGUGCGUCCAGUUGAUAAUCUUAAACCAGAAGGUGACUUUUAUACACCCGAAAGACCAGGAUUUGAAUCUGCAGAAAGGCCAGCUCAAAAAAAGCCGGAGGACAAUCUUAAGCCAGACGGGGAAUUCGUAAGGCCAGAGAAACAAGUUUACAAACCGGCCGAUAAAACAGAAAGAAUUAUUCGGAAAGAUAAUCUUCGUACGGAAGGAGAAAUGACGUUUGUAGAGAGGGAAGAAUAUCAAUAUGUGGUACGUCCUGACCAGGUUAAACCUUUGGACAAUCUUAAGCCUGAGGGAGAAUUCUACAGUCCCGAGAAACCCAACUACAAACCCGGCGAAAGACCUUUCCAGGUUAGGCCAGAAGACAAUCUCAGACCAGAAGGUGAAUUCUACACACCGGAAAAGCCAGGAUUCAGGCCUGCUGAGAGGCCCGAACAAAAGAAACCACAGGACAACCUGAAACCCGAGGGCGAAUUCUACAGUCCCGAGAAACCCAAGUACAAGCCAGGCGAAAGACCUUCCCAGGUUAGGCCAGAAGAUAAUCUGAGGCCCGAGGGUGAAUUCUACACACCGGAAAAGCCAGGAUUUCGGCCCGCUGAGAGGCCAGAGCAAAAGAAACCAGAGGACAACCUGAAACCCGAGGGCGAAUUCUACAGUCCCGAGAAACCCAAGUACAAGCCAGGCGAAAGACCUUCCCAGGUUAGGCCAGAAGAUAAUCUGAGGCCAGAGGGUGAAUUCUACACACCGGAAAAGACAGGAUUCAGGCCAGCUGAAAGACCAGUACAGAAAAAACCACAGGAUAACUUAAAGCCGGAAGGCGAAUUCGUGAAGCCUGAGAAGCAAGUAUACAAGCCGGCCGAUAAAACUGAAAGAAUUAUUCGGAAAGAUAAUCUUCGUACGGAAGGAGAAAUGACGUUUGUAGAGAGGGAAGAAUAUCAAUAUGUGGUUCGACCUGACCAGGUUAAACCAUCGGACAAUCUUAAGCCUGAGGGAGAAUUCUACAGUCCCGAGAAACCUAAAUACAAGCCAGGUGAGAGACCUUCCCAGGUUAGGCCAGAAGACAAUCUCAGACCAGAAGGUGAAUUCUACACACCGGAAAAGCCAGGAUUCAGGCCUGCUGAGAGGCCCGAACAAAAGAAACCACAGGACAACCUGAAACCCGAGGGCGAAUUCUACAGUCCCGAGAAACCCAAGUACAAGCCAGGCGAAAGACCUUCCCAGGUUAGGCCAGAAGAUAAUCUGAGGCCCGAGGGUGAAUUCUACACACCGGAAAAGCCAGGAUUCCGGCCCGCUGAGAGGCCAGAGCAAAAGAAACCAGAGGACAACCUGAAACCCGAGGGCGAAUUCUACAGUCCCGAGAAACCCAAGUACAAGCCAGGCGAAAGACCUUCCCAGGUUAGGCCAGAAGAUAAUCUGAGGCCAGAGGGUGAAUUCUACACACCGGAAAAGACAGGAUUCAGGCCUGCUGAGAGGCCCGAACAAAAGAAACCACAUGACAACCUAAAACCCGAGGGCGAAUUCUACAGUCCCGAGAAACCCAAGUACAAGCCAGGCGAAAGACCUUCCCAGGUUAGGCCAGAAGAUAAUCUGAGGCCCGAGGGUGAAUUCUACACACCGGAAAAGCCAGGAUUCCGGCCCGCUGAGAGGCCAGAGCAAAAGAAACCAGAGGACAACCUGAAACCCGAGGGCGAAUUCUACAGUCCCGAGAAACCCAAGUACAAGCCAGGCGAAAGACCUUCCCAGGUUAGGCCAGAAGAUAAUCUGAGGCCAGAGGGUGAAUUCUACACACCGGAAAAGACAGGAUUCAGGCCUGCUGAGAGGCCCGAACAAAAGAAACCACAUGACAACCUAAAACCCGAGGGCGAAUUCUACAGUCCCGAGAAACCCAAGUACAAGCCAGGCGAAAGACCUUCCCAGGUUAGGCCAGAAGAUAAUCUGAGGCCAGAGGGUGAAUUCUACACACCGGAAAAGACAGGAUUCAGGCCUGCUGAGAGGCCCGAACAAAAGAAACCACAUGACAACCUAAAACCCGAGGGCGAAUUCUACAGUCCCGAGAAACCCAAGUACAAGCCAGGCGAAAGACCUUCCCAGGUUAGGCCAGAAGAUAAUCUGAGGCCAGAAGGUGAAUUCUACACACCGGAAAAGCCUGGAUUCAGGCCAGCUGAAAGACCAGUACAGAAAAAACCACAGGAUAACUUAAAGCCGGAAGGCGAAUUCGUGAAGCCUGAGAAGCAAGUAUACAAGCCGGCCGAUAAAACUGAAAGAAUUAUUCGGAAAGAUAAUCUUCGUACGGAAGGAGAAAUGACGUUUGUAGAGAGGGAAGAAUAUCAAUAUGUGGUUCGACCUGACCAGGUUAAACCAUCGGACAAUCUUAAGCCUGAGGGAGAAUUCUACAGUCCCGAGAAACCUAAAUACAAGCCAGGUGAGAGACCUUCCCAGGUUAGGCCAGAAGACAAUCUCAGACCAGAAGGUGAAUUCUACACACCGGAAAAGCCAGGAUUCAGGCCUGCUGAGAGGCCCGAACAAAAGAAACCACAGGACAACCUGAAACCCGAGGGCGAAUUCUACAGUCCCGAGAAACCCAAGUACAAGCCAGGCGAAAGACCUUCCCAGGUUAGGCCAGAAGAUAAUCUGAGGCCAGAGGGUGAAUUCUACACACCGGAAAAGCCUGGAUUCAGGCCAGCUGAAAGACCAGUACAGAAAAAACCACAGGAUAACUUAAAGACGGAAGGCGAAUUCGUGAAGCCUGAGAAGCAAGUAUACAAGCCGGCCGAUAAAACUGAAAGAAUUAUUCGGAAAGAUAAUCUUCGUACGGAAGGAGAAAUGACGUUUGUAGAGAGGGAAGAAUAUCAAUAUGUGGUUCGACCUGACCAGGUUAAACCAUCGGACAAUCUUAAGCCUGAGGGAGAAUUCUACAGUCCCGAGAAACCUAAAUACAAGCCAGGAGAGAGACCUUCCCAGGUUAGGCCAGAAGACAAUCUCAGACCAGAAGGUGAAUUCUACACACCGGAAAAGCCAGGAUUCAGGCCUGCUGAGAGGCCCGAACAAAAGAAACCACAGGACAACCUGAAACCCGAAGGCGAAUUCUACAGUCCCGAGAAACCCAAGUACAAGCCAGGCGAAAGACCUUCCCAGGUUAGGCCAGAAGAUAAUCUGAGGCCAGAGGGUGAAUUCUACACACCGGAAAAGCCUGGAUUCAGGCCAGCUGAAAGACCAGUACAGAAAAAACCACAGGAUAACUUAAAGCCGGAAGGUGAAUUCGUGAAGCCUGAGAAGCAAGUUUACAUGCCGGCCGAUAAAACUGAAAGAAUUAUUCGGAAAGAUAAUCUUCGUACGGAAGGAGAAAUGACGUUUGUAGAGAGGGAAGAAUAUCAAUAUGUGGUUCGACCUGACCAGGUUAAACCAUCGGACAAUCUUAAGCCUGAGGGAGAAUUCUACAGUCCCGAGAAACCUAAAUACAAGCCUGGUGAGAGACCUUCCCAGGUUAGGCCAGAAGACAAUCUCAGACCAGAAGGUGAAUUCUACACACCGGAAAAGCCAGGAUUCAGGCCUGCUGAGAGGCCCGAACAAAAGAAACCACAAGACAGCCUGAAACCCGAGGGCGAAUUCUACAGUCCCGAGAAACCGAAGUACAAGCCAGGCGAAAGACCUUCCCAGGUUAGGCCAGAAGAUAAUCUGAGGCCAGAGGGUGAAUUCUACACACCGGAAAAGCCUGGAUUCAGGCCAGCUGAAAGACCAGUACAGAAAAAACCACAGGAUAACUUAAAGCCGGAAGGCGAAUUCGUGAAGCCUGAGAAGCAAGUAUACAAGCCGGCCGAUAAAACUGAAAGAAUUAUUCGGAAAGAUAAUCUUCGUACGGAAGGAGAAAUGACGUUUGUAGAGAGGGAAGAAUAUCAAUAUGUGGUUCGACCUGACCAGGUUAAACCAUCGGACAAUCUUAAGCCUGAGGGAGAAUUCUACAGUCCCGAGAAACCUAAAUACAAGCCAGGAGAGAGACCUUCCCAGGUUAGGCCAGAAGACAACCUCAGACCAGAAGGUGAAUUCUACACACCGGAAAAGCCAGGAUUCAGGCCUGCUGAGAGGCCCGAACAAAAGAAACCACAGGACAACCUGAAACCCGAGGGCGAAUUCUACAGUCCCGAGAAACCCAAGUACAAGCCAGGCGAAAUACCUUCCCAGGUUAGGCCAGAAGAUAAUCUGAGGCCCGAGGGUGAAUUCUACACACCGGAAAAGCCUGGAUUCAGGCCAGCUGAAAGACCAGUACAGAAAAAACCACAGGAUAACUUAAAGACGGAAGGCGAAUUCGUGAAGCCUGAGAAGCAAGUAUACAAGCCGGCCGAUAAAACUGAAAGAAUUAUUCGGAAAGAUAAUCUUCGUACGGAAGGAGAAAUGACGUUUGUAGAGAGGGAAGAAUAUCAAUAUGUGGUUCGACCUGACCAGGUUAAACCAUCGGACAAUCUUAAGCCUGAGGGAGAAUUCUACAGUCCCGAGAAACCUAAAUACAAGCCAGGAGAGAGACCUUCCCAGGUUAGGCCAGAAGACAAUCUCAGACCAGAAGGUGAAUUCUACACACCGGAAAAGCCAGGAUUCAGGCCUGCUGAGAGGCCCGAACAAAAGAAACCACAGGACAACCUGAAACCCGAAGGCGAAUUCUACAGUCCCGAGAAACCCAAGUACAAGCCAGGCGAAAGACCUUCCCAGGUUAGGCCAGAAGAUAAUCUGAGGCCAGAGGGUGAAUUCUACACACCGGAAAAGCCUGGAUUCAGGCCAGCUGAAAGACCAGUACAGAAAAAACCACAGGAUAACUUAAAGCCGGAAGGUGAAUUCGUGAAGCCUGAGAAGCAAGUUUACAUGCCGGCCGAUAAAACUGAAAGAAUUAUUCGGAAAGAUAAUCUUCGUACGGAAGGAGAAAUGACGUUUGUAGAGAGGGAAGAAUAUCAAUAUGUGGUUCGACCUGACCAGGUUAAACCAUCGGACAAUCUUAAGCCUGAGGGAGAAUUCUACAGUCCCGAGAAACCUAAAUACAAGCCUGGUGAGAGACCUUCCCAGGUUAGGCCAGAAGACAAUCUCAGACCAGAAGGUGAAUUCUACACACCGGAAAAGCCAGGAUUCAGGCCUGCUGAGAGGCCCGAACAAAAGAAACCACAAGACAACCUGAAACCCGAGGGCGAAUUCUACAGUCCCGAGAAACCGAAGUACAAGCCAGGCGAAAGACCUUCCCAGGUUAGGCCAGAAGAUAAUCUGAGGCCAGAGGGUGAAUUCUACACACCGGAAAAGCCUGGAUUCAGGCCAGCUGAAAGACCAGUACAGAAAAAACCACAGGAUAACUUAAAGCCGGAAGGCGAAUUCGUGAAGCCUGAGAAGCAAGUAUACAAGCCGGCCGAUAAAACUGAAAGAAUUAUUCGGAAAGAUAAUCUUCGUACGGAAGGAGAAAUGACGUUUGUAGAGAGGGAAGAAUAUCAAUAUGUGGUUCGACCUGACCAGGUUAAACCAUCGGACAAUCUUAAGCCUGAGGGAGAAUUCUACAGUCCCGAGAAACCUAAAUACAAGCCAGGAGAGAGACCUUCCCAGGUUAGGCCAGAAGACAACCUCAGACCAGAAGGUGAAUUCUACACACCGGAAAAGCCAGGAUUCAGGCCUGCUGAGAGGCCCGAACAAAAGAAACCACAGGACAACCUGAAACCCGAGGGCGAAUUCUACAGUCCCGAGAAACCCAAGUACAAGCCAGGCGAAAGACCUUCCCAGGUUAGGCCAGAAGAUAAUCUGAGGCCCGAGGGUGAAUUCUACACACCGGAAAAGCCUGGAUUCAGGCCAGCUGAAAGACCAGUACAGAAAAAACCACAGGAUAACUUAAAGCCGGAAGGCGAAUUCGUGAAGCCUGAGAAGCAAGUAUACAAGCCGGCCGAUAAAACUGAAAGAAUUAUUCGGAAAGAUAAUCUUCGUACGGAAGGAGAAAUGACGUUUGUAGAGAGGGAAGAAUAUCAAUAUGUGGUUCGACCUGACCAGGUUAAACCAUCAGACAAUCUUAAGCCUGAGGGAGAAUUUUACAGUCCUGAGAAACCUAAAUACAAGCCAGGAGAGAGACCUUCCCAGGUUAGGCCAGAAGAUAAUCUGAGGCCCGAGGGUGAAUUCUACACACCGGAAAAGCCUGGAUUCCGGCCAGCUGAGAGGCCAGAGCAAAAGAAACCAGAGGACAACCUGAAACCCGAGGGAGAAUUCUACAGUCCCGAGAAACCCAAGUACAAGCCAGGCGAAAGACCUUCCCAGGUUAGGCCAGAAGACAAUCUCAGACCAGAAGGUGAAUUCUACACACCGGAAAAGCCAGGAUUCAGGCCAGCUGAAAGACCAGUACAGAAAAAACCACAGGAUAACUUAAAGCCGGAAGGUGAAUUCGUGAAGCCUGAGAAGCAAGUUUACAUGCCGGCCGAUAAAACUGAAAGAAUUAUUCGGAAAGAUAAUCUUCGUACGGAAGGAGAAAUGACGUUUGUAGAGAGGGAAGAAUAUCAAUAUGUGGUUCGACCUGACCAGGUUAAACCAUCGGACAAUCUUAAGCCUGAGGGAGAAUUCUACAGUCCCGAGAAACCUAAAUACAAGCCAGGAGAGAGACCUUCCCAGGUUAGGCCAGAAGACAAUCUCAGACCAGAAGGUGAAUUCUUCACACCGGAAAAGCCAGGAUUCAGGCCUGCUGAGAGGCCCGAACAAAAGAAACCACAGGACAACCUGAAACCCGAGGGCGAAUUCUACAGUCCCGAGAAACCCAAGUACAAGCCAGGCGAAAGACCUUCCCAGGUUAGGCCAGAAGAUAAUCUGAGGCCCGAGGGUGAAUUCUACACACCGGAAAAGCCUGGAUUCAGGCCAGCUGAAAGACCAGUACAGAAAAAACCACAGGAUAACUUAAAGCCGGAAGGCGAAUUCGUGAAGCCUGAGAAGCAAGUAUACAAGCCGGCCGAUAAAACUGAAAGAAUUAUUCGGAAAGAUAAUCUUCGUACGGAAGGAGAAAUGACGUUUGUAGAGAGGGAAGAAUAUCAAUAUGUGGUUCGACCUGACCAGGUUAAACCAUCGUAUAAUCUUAAGCCUGAGGGAGAAUUCUACAGUCCCGAGAAACCUAAAUACAAGCCUGGUGAGAGACCUUCCCAGGUUAGGCCAGAAGACAAUCUCAGACCAGAAGGUGAAUUCUACACACCGGAAAAGCCAGGAUUCAGACCUGCUGAAAGACCAGUACAGAAAAAGCCAGAUGACAACUUAAGGCCGGAAGGAGACUUUUACAGUCCAGAAAAGCAACAUUACAGGCCUGGAGAACGUCCAACGCAAGUUCGACCUGAGGAUAACUUGAGACCCGAAGGGAGAUUCUUUGCUCCUGAAAAGCCAGGAUAUAAGGCCGGAGAUCGACCGGUACCUAAGAAACCUGUUGAUAAUCUAAAGACUGAAGGCGAAUUCUUUACUCCCGAUCGACCAAAAUAUCAACCAGCCGAUCGAGUAACUGUUGUAAGGCAGAAAGAUAACUUGAAGGUGGAAGGAGAAUUCUACGUUCAAGAAAAAGAGGUCUUUAAGCCAGCUGAAAGGCCUAAACAGAAAAAACCUCAUGAUAACUUAAAACCAGAGGGCGAUAUGGUUAUACCAGAAAAGGACAAAUAUAAGCCUGCCGAUAAGGUGACAAGAGUUAUUCAUAAGGACAACCUUCGUAGUGAAGGAGAAAUGACUUUCACGGAAAAAUCUGAGUACCAUCAUGUUGUUAGACCCACCCCAGUGAAGCCAGAAGAUAACCUGCGGACCUCUGGUAAACUUUACGUACCUGAAAAGCCCGGUCAUACAAUUGGUGAACGCCCCGAGCCGGUUAAGCCUAAAGACAAUUUGAAACCAGAAGGAAUUAUGUAUACCCCGGAAAAACCAAAAUAUGAGCCCGCUUCCCGUCCAGAGCAGAAGAAGUAUGCCGACAACUUGAAACCUGAGGGUAAGAUGCACAUUCCCGAGAAGGAUGGGUACCGGCCUGCCGAUAAGGUGAAGACGGUUAUUAGAAAAGAUAAUUUAAGAACCGAGGGAGAAAUGACAUUCACCCAGAAGGAAGAAUACCACCAUGUUAAACGACCGGAGCAAGUAAAGCCAAGUGAUAACCUAAAAGUCGAAGGUGAAUUCUACACUCCCAAUAAAACCUCCUUUACACCCGCUGAGCGACCAAUUCAGAAGAAACCAAAAGACAAUCUUAAGCCGGAAGGAGAAUUUUAUAAGAGAACAGACCGCAGCGAGACCGAUAGCAAGAUAGUUACAGAAACCGUUAACAGAGAAACGCCAAAACGUCCUGUUGACAAUCUCAAGCUAGAAGGGUCUAUGACAGUAACCAGAAGAAAUGAUUACAAAAGUACGGCGAACACAACGGUCGAUAAAGUACAACGUACUCAAAAAAUUAACCACAAUAGUUCAUCUAUUACUUUGGGAAGUGACACUACAAUCCGAAAAACAACAAAUCAGAUGAACUAUGUGUCUGGCAAGGACGCUGUCAAACAAGUCGAUUCGAACGGCCAAAAUCCGGUUGACGGUCUCAUUGUUGUAUCUACAACAAAGGUAACUACUGUCAUAGGAGGGCGUCAUAAGAAGGAACCAGAAACCGAGUAUGUCAAGAGGCCCGCUAAGAUAAACGUAAUAGAAAAUGUUGCGAAGAAUACUACCACGACAAACAUCGAAAACACUCAAAACAUCCAUAAGGAAUCCACAUCCUUGCAAAGAAAUCAACAGGUCAUAAAGGGUUCUGCUUUAACUACCGAAAGGAUCACGGAUACGGAUGUAUCCAGUACCGCUAUUGAAUCUAAUCGUAGACAUUUAACCGAUAAGAACACUGGCGACAUAACCUCAAGAGUUAUUUCCGGUGGCUCAGUCUCCAAUAACGUAACGGGCGAAACAUCGUCUCGCGUGAUUUCAGGCAGAAAUGUUACGUCUAACAUCACUGAGAAUUCGACUUCACGUGUGGUGUCAGGCAGAAACGUAUCCAGUGAUGCAUUUGGCGAAACCACCACUCGUGUUGUAUCCGGAAGAUCGGCCUCGAAUAACAUUACCGGCGAUACAACAAGCCGGGUUCUGUCUGGAAGCACAGUUGGACACAACAUCAGCGAAGAUUCAACAUCGCGAACGGUCUCAGGGGGUAGAACUUCUGCCAACAAUAUUGUGACCGGAAGCACAUCGUCGCACAUGACCACUUCAAAGCACUUUCAUCAUCGAAAGAGCGAAUUCUCGUCAGAAGCCGACGUCUCUAACACGGUCUUCCAUCGCAAGAACGUAACCACCGAUUCGAAUACAGCCAAUGGCAGCCUGACGUCCAAUGGAAAGAUGCAGCGCAAGAGCAUACUGAAUCUACACGAGCAGCCCUCGAGCACCACCACCUAUGGUGGGGAGCGUCAGAGUUACAGCAGCAUCCAUCGCCAAAAUCGCGACUCAGACGCAAAUGCAACUUUUUCGAGCGAGCGUCGCACCUGCAACGUGCACAAAGAGAACCGGGAGCACAACGUGAAGAACUCGUCCACAAUGACCCGCAUUAUUUCUGGUGGAACCAGCGGUUCGAAUGCCGAACGGUCAACGGUGACGCGCAGCCAAGUUUCGGGUGGUGGCGGCAUUGAUUUUUCGUCUCAAUCUCAUUCCCACACCGGAAGCCAUACCAGCCGACACCGUGGAAAUCAGCAGGUGUCCAGCUUAGGCGGUGGCAUCGAUUUCCCCUCCUACAGUGCCCAUGGCCAUGGCGCCGAGCGUGUGGUCACCCGUCGAGGAAAUCAGUCCUCAAUUAGUCUGGGCAAUGAAAAGUUCACCGGCUCCAGUUUGUACAAGAGCGAAUACAUAACUGCCCCAAAAACGACGUGUGCUGUGCAUAAGAUUAAACAAGGAGCAUUCCAACAUACAAGGAGUACUCAAGAACACAAGUUCUUCAAGACCUCAAACUAACACAGCCCGACUAUGAGUAUAUUAUACAUAUCCUUUGCUUUACUAACACAAAAAUCCCAUAUUAAUGAUAGGCUAAGCUUCCAUGACAAUAUACGUUUUAUACAAUAUACAAACCAAUCCGAAAAUGAAUAUUAACAAUAAAGACAACAUUCUUAAAUCGA